AUUGUCCGGAUGUAAAAAUGAGUUCGAGGUGCCAUGUGGAGUAAAAACAGUCCUGGAAAAUCAGUGCUGUCGCGGACAAGUGGAAAGAACACCCGCAAUGAGCCUUUUACCUCGCACCGCCGAGGAGUUCAGCUCUGCGGAGUAUUGGGAGAAAUUCUUUAAGAAGCGCGGAGAGCGAGCUUUUGAGUGGUAUGGAGACUACAAUAAACUGUGCGGCGUGCUACACAAAUACAUCAAACUGCAAGACAAGGUGCUGGUGGUUGGCUGUGGUAACUCUGAGCUGAGUGAACAGCUGUAUGAUGUUGGCUAUAAACAGCUGACUAAUAUAGAUAUAAGUGAGACAGUGGUAAACCACAUGAACCAACGUAAUGCUGAACGCAGGCCAGGCUUGAUCUUCUACCAGGUGGAUGCAACACAAACUCCAUAUGAUGAUGCCAGCUACCAGGCUGCUCUGGACAAGGGUACUCUGGAUGCCAUGGCAUCUGAAGAGGAAGGCUCCUUAGCCAGGAACAUGCUCACUGAGGUAUGCCGUGUACUAAUUGUUGGGGGGCGGUAUAUCUGUGUGACUCUGGCUCAGGAGGGCGUUAUCAAGUUGGCUGUGGAGCACUUUGUUCAGCUCGGGUGGGCGGUGAGGCUUCAUUGCCUGCAGGGAGAAAGGGGAACAGAAGAAGAAGACUCCUUUGCUCUGCCUGUCUUUGUGCUUGUCUGCACCAAGUUCCGUCAGCCUAUGCCCACACCCAUUCUUGAGAUGUGUGUUGGAGAUGACGGAGCACCUGUCCGUUACUCACAAAUUUGUGAACUUUUGUCAGCUGUGAGGGAGCAUCAAGCCUAUUCUGUUUUAAGAAAAAGGCUCCGCACAAGCACCGACCCCGGCUCAAACCUCUCACUAACUCUCUGCCAUGCCAAGACCGGCCUUUCCCGAUACACUCUGACAGUUCAAGAUUGUCCACCAGGAGCCAAAGUGCCAAGAUAUAACCACUUUGCUAUAUUUAUUGUGCCUCGAGGGUGUGAGACAGCCUGGCUCUACAGUUCCAGUGAAGGCAGAAGGCAGCUGGCAGCCAGUGCUAACUUUCGACGCCUGGUUAUUGUUGCUAUGCACAGGAAUCAGGAAUACACAGACAUGCAAGCAGUACAAUCAGAACUCUCACCAGUGGUGAUGGAUCUGGCUCCCCCCGGUAUGCCGACCAAUCAGCAGGUGCCAUUCCUGUCAGUGGGAGGUGAUCUUGGUUGGCGAGAGGAGGUUAGCAGGGGUGUGAGUCAGCUCAGUGGAGAGUAUUGUGUUGAGAAUGUCAGAGGAGAAGAUGGCGAACUGUAUCGCAGACUGGUGUUCCUGUCUAACACUGCACUUGUCCAAUCAGAAAGCCGACUUGUCUCAUCAAAUACUGCAGGUCACAAAAAGAAGAACAAAAGGAAGGCAAAAGCAACAGCAGCUCCAGCUUCAUCCUCAGUCUCGCUGUCAGUGGACUCUGGCUUCCUCUGCUGCGCUCACCAUGAGGUCAUGGUGGCUGGUCUUACCAUGCUUGGGGUGGGGAGGCCACAGAACAAAGAAGUCCCAGUGUCGGUGCUCCUGGUGGGGCUUGGUGGAGGAGGCCUGCCUCAAUUUUUGCGGGACUUCGUGCCCAAUGUGACUGUUGAGGUUGUAGAAUUAGACCCUGUUGUUUUGGAAGUGGCAAAGGAAUGGUUUGGAUUUCGUCCAGAUGAUCGUUUGAGUGUCACUAUCGGAGACGGGCUGGAACGCAUCUGUGCACUGGAGAAAGAAGGUGGUCAUUUGUUUGAUGUCAUCAUGUUUGAUGUAGACAAUAAAGACAGCUCUUUAGGCAUGAGUUGUCCUCCUGCUUCCUUUGUAGAAUUGUCCCUCCUGAGGAAAGUUUGUAACUUGCUGACCCCCAGAGGUCUAUUCAUACUGAACCUUGUGUGUCGUGACCCAGACUUGAGGAAGAGUGUCCUUGAGCGUGUGAGCGGUGUGUUUCCCACCGUCCUUUCUCGCAAGAUAGCUGAAGAGAUCAAUGAAGUCCUACUAUGCUCUCGUGGUGAAAAGGGUGCAGCCCACAUCCUUCCAUCCUUGAACGAAGCAGCCAAGAAUCUGCAGAGUGCACUGAGAUCUAACAGAACUGAAGAAAAAGGCAGGCCACACAUAGACAUUGUAGAACUGUUAAAAGACCUGAAAGUAGAGUAGUAUGCAUGUGACCAUUUUGGGAGGGGGAUUGGGGGAAUUUGGUUUUAUGCAACAAGACAGUGUGAGACUACCUGAUGAAAAACAUGUGCUUAUAGAUUUUUCCAUUCACUGCAAUGUAAUUAAAUGUUAUUGUUCAUAACAUUAGACAAAAUAAACAUGUAUUGUUAUUGCUGAAUUAUAUAACUAAUAAAUCUAGCCUCCAGUC